GCCACCUUCAUUCACUUCACAACCCGCUCGGCGACAAAGACGAAGAAGCCGAGGAAGCAGUGAGCGACGAUAGAUAGAGAUAGAGAGAGACUCAAACAUCCAUACUAACUCUUUCCUCAGAUUCGUUUCCACCGGCGCCAAUUGACGGCGACGACGACGACGACCCAAGGAGCAGAUUCGAAUUGUGCCAAGACAGCAAUGGAGUCUACUGAGUCGUAUGCGGCAGGUUCACCGGAAGAGCUGACCAAGAGAUCUCCAGAACCGCAUGAUUCUUCAGAAGCUGAUUCAGCUGAGAAGCCAACACACAUUCGAUUUCUUGUCUCCAAUGCGGCUGCUGGUUCCGUCAUUGGGAAAGGUGGCUCGACCAUCACUGAAUUUCAGGCAAAGUCUGGGGCGCGGAUUCAGCUCUCACGUAACCAAGAGUUUUUCCCUGGAACGACUGACCGAAUUAUUAUGAUAUCGGGCUCAAUUAAAGAAGUUGUCAAUGGACUGGAACUUAUCCUUGAUAAACUACACAGUGAGCUUCAUGCUGAAGAUGGUAAUGAGGUUGAGCCUAGGAGAAGAAUAAGACUAGUGGUUCCUAACAGUUCCUGUGGAGGUAUAAUUGGAAAAGGAGGGGCAACUAUCAAAUCAUUCAUUGAGGAAUCUAAAGCUGGUAUUAAGAUAUCCCCUCUGGAUAAUACCUACUACGGGUUGAGCGACCGACUAGUGACAUUAUCUGGGACCUUCGAGGAGCAGAUGCGGGCAAUUGAUUUAAUUUUGGCUAAGCUUACUGAGGACGAUCAUUACUCCCAGAACGUGCAUUCCCCAUAUUCGUAUGCAGGUCUUUUCUACUCUGGUUUUCAUGGUCCUCCAUAUGCGUAUGUGCUUCCUUCUGUUGCAACAGCGGGAUACAAUUCGGUUAACUACGCACCCAAUGGCUCUGGAGGCAAGUAUCAAAACCACAAGGAAGAACCUAGCAACACGGUGACAAUUGGUGUCUCGGAUGAGCAUAUAGGAUUGGUCCUUGGUCGUGGAGGAAGAAACAUCAUGGAAAUCACUCAGAUGACAGGUGCCCGAAUAAAGAUAUCAGACCGAGGCGAUUUCAUAUCUGGAACCUCUGAUAGGAAAGUGAGCAUCACAGGGCCACAGAGAGCAAUCCAACAAGCUGAGACGAUGAUAAAACAGAAAGUCGAAUCAGCGACAGAGAGAGCCACCGAUUAAAACCGUGAAGAAUAUCCAUGCCGGUUCCUAUCUUUGGUCUGUUUACUUCAUUUGUUGAGGCUUAAGCUUUCGGAUGGGAAUCAUUGAUCAUCUUUGAGUGAGGCAGAGAUAUCUCUCUAGGAGCUCUUUCCUUUUUUUUUUAAUUUAUAUGUCGACAUUAUAUAAAUUGUGUUUUUCUCUGGGAGAGAAGCAGAGUUGGAGUUAGAAGUACUGUUUUCAUUUGUUUUUUUAUAACUUUGUUGCAAUUUGUUGAAGUUUUGUUUCCCUUUUCGAGUUCUUUCUGUUGUAACAAUUUACAAUAACCAGCCAUUACAUUGCAUUUGCUUGCUUCUUUCUUUUA